AUGAAACCUCAGGAUCAGGAGCAGCUUAAUUACAUCAUAGUAACUCAUACAAUAUGCUCCAUACACUUUAUUUCAACCAUGUCGAUUCUUUUCUUGUACAUAGAAUCACUUCCUACCCAUAAAUCAAACCUACAGGCAUCAGAACAGGACCUGAAGCAACUCCUCCAACUGCUCCAUUGUAUCAAGGUACAAUUUCAAAGAAGAGCAAGAGACUCUCAGUUUAUUCAAUGUAGAAAUAUAAUCGACCGUCAAACAUUAAAUGGUAUUUCUGCUAUUAAAACCAAAUUCCAUAAUGAACUACAGACUGCAAAGGCCAUUACCAUAGCAAAUCAACUAUCCAACUGCUUUAAUGGAUUCAUACAUACACUGCAAUUCCUUAGAAAACUACCUAUAGGAAAUUCACAAGCAUCCUAUGAAAUUCCGUCAAGCCAAUGGCAGGUACUAUUAAAAGUACAGCAAGAAAUGAAUAUAAACUGGAGGCAUCAGUUAAACAAACUGGCCGUUACUGUAGCAGAUAUAGGAUCUAAUGGAAACUUUCCAAAUGAAAUACUAUCGCAAUUCAAAACUGGAGUAGUUGAUAAAAUGUGUGAGGAUAAUUUAAAUAAUUUAGUUAACAUAUUUCUUUCUAACUCUUUCUAA